UAUCGUUAUUAUCCCUAUCAAGUAUCAACAUCAACAGUAUUGACGAUUUACUGUUUCUCCAAACCUAAACUGUUCAAAGUUUGAACUUCAAACUUAGUUUAGACAUCGAUGUGUGACAUUUGUAUAUGUAUAUUGCAUACCAUUAAAAAUGAUGUAAUGCACACAUGAGAAUUUCGUAUUCUAAAAACAAAUAAGCGUAUUUACUUACUGUAUAAUUCUAUUAAAAAUAUGUCGACAUUCACUUUCGGAACAACUACGACGUCGAAUAACACAAAUUUUGGAUUUGGACAGAAACCAGCAACAGGUUUUAAUUUAACUAGUACACCUUUUGGUUCGACUGUACCAGCACCGACAUUAACAUUCGGAGCUUCUCCGAUACCAGCAGCAACUACCGGGCUUAGUUUUGGGUUCAACAAUGCGCCUGUGACUGCUGGACAAACGCAAUCGAGUGGUUUAGUUUUAGGAUCGAACAUAAUAACCACAACUACCGCUACUAGUUUAUUUCCAACCCCGACUACCUGCGCACCACUGUUCAACAAUCUUACUUUCGGCACCGCCACGCCAAGUAAUAGUUUAACAUUUGGUGCUCCGACCAAUACAUCAUCGACCGGAAAUGUUACUUUUUGCACGCCUACUACCACAACAUCACUUUUUGGUGGAUCAAUUACCAGUGGUUUAUUAGGAUCAAAGCCAUUUACCAGUACUAAUGCCACGACUGUUACAAAUAAAGGCUUGGGAGGUUUAGAUGUGUCCGUAAAUAAUAAAGGCCUUUCGCAAGGAAGCAGUACUCCAGCAACUGCUAAAGAUAAUGUUUGGCCACCGGAAUUAAUGCAGACGAUAGAUAAAUUCAAGGAAUUUGUGAAAGAGCAAAAGGUAUUAUCUUCGGAUAUAUCAAGGGGUUCUGCGAGACCGUUAAAUCGAUGUGCCGAAGAUACAGCAUUAUUGAUGGAAAUUUUAACUACAUUAGCUGGCUCUGUACAAAGAGAUCGCGCUUCCGUCGAUAAAUUAAAGCAAGAUACAGCAAAAGCGUUACAAAAUACUGAAAUAAUACAAAGGACACACGACACUCCAUUAGGAUUACAAUAUGAAAAUAACGCACCGUUAUUAUUUUUUAUGGAAUUAGCUGAUAAUUUUGAACAUGAUUUAAUGUUGUUUAGAUCUCAAAUUGAAACAACAGAAAAGCAUAUACAAGCAAUGAUGACUCCAAAAACUCUAACGCCGCAAGAAUUAACAAUGGCUAUGAGUAAACUUCACGAGUCUCUGGUAGCUGUUGCUGGUAAAUUACAAGGGGUGCAUUCUAAAGUCCAACAACACAAGGAGCAAUAUCUAAAUUUUAGAAAAUACGUUUUAAAAGAUAAUACGAAUGUUUUUGAAGAUAUUAGAAUGGAUGGGAAAACGUCUAGAAAUAAUAUUGGAAAAAUUACAAGCGGUCCGACUCCAUUUGGACCAGGAAAUAAAAGUUUUCUUUCGUCUACAGCUUUAAAUUCUAACAGAUCAGGAAGUUAUGGAACUCGAAAUCCAUUAGUUUGGGGAAAUACAAUACCGACAUCGUCUGCUACUAACAUUAAUCUAGGCUCGUCGAUGAAACCGCCAACUGCAAAUUUGACUUUCAGUACACCAACCAAUUUUACAGCACCUUUACCAACAAGCGAAUCGAAUUCGAGUUUCCAGCUUCAAAAACCUCCUAUUGGUAAUAAAAGAGGGAAACAUUAAAAUACGACUGUGUUCUUUUUGUAUUUCUCUGAAUUCCACAUAAAAUAUUGUUCUCCACUUUAUUUCUUACGUUGCAAAACAUCAAUUGCUUUAUGUAACGGGUAUAAAGUUUUUUUCCUAAACAAGAAAUAUCUGCAUGCUAUUAGUUUUAUAAUAACUGUUUACAACAAAGUAUUUUUUUUACU